UCCUUGGCAUUCUUCUUUCCGCGCAUCAUAUUCAACGAUUUUCAGAUGACCGCGGCUCAGAGUCGCACGUUGAAUCGACCAUGCGUUUUGAUGAAUUUUUAUGACAUGCAUGACCUAUGGCAUUUUUCAUCGUCGUUUGCAGCAUUCUUUGCCUUAAUCACACUGCCACUCAUCGACAUUAACCUUCGAGAUACUCCCGUAUCUGAAAUUGAUAAGUUUUGA